UCAACUACUCUAAAAACAAACAAAUCAGAUUAAUCAUCAAGACUAUUAGUUAAAAUGAUGGUCAUUAAAUUUAUAGUUUCUGUAAUUAGAAUAAUAUAUCUCUAACCUGUUUUCAAUGUUUCAGCAUCAACCUCUAUAGUCAAACUGGAAUAUCAUCAGAGCUUUCUUCAAUUUCUUGUAAUGCUUGUCGUUUAUGCCCUUUUGUCUUCCCUGAGAAAUUCAAACCAGGAAACACCAUCAGCUGAAUUACCAUGCUGUUUUCCUGAUCACAGAAGCAAGCAGAACUAUAAAGUUUAAGAUCAUUAAACCACCCUGAUGGGGCGACUUUCUAUGACGAUUUCAGGAUGAUGGAAGCGUUUGAUAAUGUGAAUACAUGUUGCAUCAUUCUCAUAUUCCUGUUGGUAAAUUCAAGUUAUGCACAAGAAGGCUUGGUUAGCAUUCAGUGUUGCGCUGAUACUACAUUCACAGAUCCGAAUACCAGUAUUAGCUACAUAUCAGAUGAAAGUUGGUAUCCUGAUAAGAAAAGUUGCCAAAACACAGUUUGGACUGGGGAUGUCAAUCAAGAGACUAAUGAAGCAAGAUAUUUUGAGUCGAGAUAUAACAGCAAAUGGUGUUACAAUUUGCCAACAAGGAGUGAAUCUUUCUAUUUAAUUAGAGGAACAUUUCCUCUCAGCAAUCCGCAGGAAUCGCCUUCUGACACAUUUUUCAGUGUAUCAGUUAGUGAAACCGAAAUAGAGAAAGUCAAUACUUCACAGAAACAAGUUGAGGGAUUAUUUAAAGCUACGAGUAACUACACUAACUUCUGCCUAGUGAAGGGCAGAGGGGAAGCGUACCUUUCAAAGCUGGAACUACGACCUUCACAUCCAGAAUACCUAAAGAGAUACACUUCCAGCGUGCUCAAACUUGUGGAUCGGGUAGAUGUAGGAAACACAAUGGCUGAAGUCAGGUACCCAGAUGACUUGUAUGAUCGAAUCUGGAGAUCACAUGUGUACCCUGAUUCAACAGCUACUUACAUGCUGCCGCCCACCACCAAUGUAAAUAUCACCAAUCCAGACAGUAUAAUGCCGCCUCUUAAAGUAUUACAAACAGCUGUGACCCAUCCGGAACGGUUAGAGUUUCAGUAUGGAAACCUUGACGUAGGACCAAGCAAUUACGACCUCUACCUCUACUUUCUUGAGCUGGAUGAUUCUGUUGGAAUCGGGGAAAGGGUAUUUGAUGUGUACAUCAAUGAUCGGAAUAUACAUGAGGUUGAUAUAUGGGCUAGUGGUUCACGCUUCUUGGCAGUAGUUCUCAACUUCACAGCUAACGGAGUUCUUAAUCUGACCUUCGUCAAAGCCUUGAAUUCUCAGUUGGGACCCAUCUGUAAUGCUUAUGAGAUUUUGCAAGUUUACCCAAGGAAUGCAGAGACAAAUGUGGAGGAAGUGGAGGUGAUAAUGAAAGUGAAGAACGAGCUACUUGCCCAGAAUCAAGAUAGUGAAGUUCUGAAGACAUGGUCUGGAGACCCUUGUCUCCCUCUUCCGUGGCAUGGUUUGUCUUGUGACGCUCUCAACGGUACCUCAAUUAUCAGUAAAAUGGACUUAUCCUUCAGCAGACUCACCGGGCCAUUCCCUUCCAGUAUCACCAAGCUGAAAUACCUGAAAGAAUUGAACGUGAGCAAUAAUGGCUUCAUUGGCACUGUUCCUCAGUUUCCAGCUUCUUCCAUGCUGACCUUACUGGAUUUGAGCCACAAUGAUCUCACAGGAAACAUCACAUGGUCUAUUUCCAAAAUGAAAUAUUUGGAAAAACUAUAUUCCGGCUGCAAUUCUCACUUCAGUGGAAGUCUCCCUACAAACUUAAGCAAGUCAAAUCUCACUACAGACAAUGGGGUGUGUAAUGCUCGAGUAUCCCCCCGUUCAGCUCAAGGGAUUCUCAUAGGCACAGUUGCAGCUGGAUCUCUGUUAGUAAUAGUCAUAGUUGGGACGUGCCUGUUCUGCAUUUACAGAAAGAAAAGGACUCUGCAAAAGUAUGAUGACAAGAGGCACCCGAUGUCGAAAAAUGCAAUCUAUUCAAUAGCAAGCACAGAAACUGUGGUUACAAAAUCAAUUUCUAUUCAAAGUUUCACACUGGAGUGCAUAGAGGCUUCAAUACAAAACUACAAAACACUGAUUGGAGAAGGUGGAUUUGGAUCAGUCUAUCGAGGUACUCUAGCUGAUGGUCAAGAAGUUGCAGUGAAGGUCCGAUCAGCCACCUCGACACAGGGAACUCGUGAGUUUGAUAAUGAACUAAACUUGCUCUCAGCAAUUAGGCACGAGAACUUGGUGCGACUGAUUGGAUAUUGUUGCGAGAAUGACCAGCAAAUUCUUGUCUAUCCUUUCAUGUCCAAUGGUUCUCUACAAGAUCGCCUAUAUGGGGCAGCAGCAAAGCGCAAAAUCCUUGAUUGGCCAACAAGACUUUCCAUUGCUUUAGGUGCUGCAAGAGGCUUAACAUAUCUUCACACCUUCUCCGAGCGUUGUGUAAUACAUAGAGAUGUCAAAUCAAGUAAUAUACUUCUGGAUCAUAGCAUGUGUGCAAAAGUUUCAGACUUUGGAUUCUCGAAAUAUGCACCUCAAGAAGGGGACAGUGGUACUUCUCUUGAAGUAAGGGGUACUGCAGGAUACCUGGACCCAGAGUACUACUCAACACAGCAUCUAUCAGCAAAAAGUGAUGUCUUUAGCUUUGGGGUUGUUUUACUGGAAAUUGUAAGUGGCCGAGAACCUCUCAAUAUAAACAGGCCAAGAAAUGAGUGGAGCUUGGUUGAAUGGGCAAAACCUCAUAUAAAGAACUCAAAAGUCGAAGAAAUAGUGGACCCUAGCAUUAAGGGAGGAUACCAUGCUGAGGCAAUGUGGAGAGUUGUAGAGGUAGCUUUGGCGUGUAUUGAACCUUACUCAGCUUAUCGCCCCUGCAUGGCAGACAUUGUUCGUGAGCUAGAAGAUGCUUUCAUCAUAGAAAACAAUGCAUCAGAAUACAUGAAAUCCAUUGAGAGUUUUGGUGGGUCCAAUCGCUACUCAAUAGAGAGGCCUAUCAUCAUACCACCAACUCCAGUUCCGACGGAACCAUCCCCUAUUCUUAUGCAACCGCCUCCUCCACAGCCAAGAUGAUCGGCUGGGGGAAUUGAGGUUGUUGCUUAUGAAAUCAGUUAGCUUACGAUUCUAGACUAUUUGGUUUCUACCAUUGCUUCAUUACUAGUGUUGUGUAAAUACUUCCAUACACCAGUCAAUUGGUCUACCUGAGAAACUCAAACACUGGCAUGUACAAACCAAAUUCCUUCCCCAGACGAUGCAUAAUGCAAAACCACUUAGACUAGGCCAAAUAUUGUUCAGAGAGAAUGUAAAAUUUCACUCAAUUGAGCAUCUGUAUUCUUAACUUGUGACUUGUUGUUUAAACGAAGAAAGCAAAACAGAGCAGCAGCCACAACAUUAUGCCA